AUAAACGAUAUAUCCGAUGUUCUGAAAUAGCUAUGUGCAACAAACUUCACUUGGGGUGCAUGUCAUUUUUGGAGAAACAUUGAAAAUCGUUGUUCUUGCGUCUUGCGAUUCUCGAGAAUCUUAAACAUUUCUGACACUUCGUUUUAACAUUUUCUCAGUGUGAUUAGAUUUUGAAGUGAGACAAAAUGAGUUUUGGAUUGCCUUCGAUUGUACCUAAACCUACUGUACCUGAGCAAUUCGAUAUUAAAAACGGAACCAACUAUGAUCUACCCAAUCCUAUGGUGUCAGGUCUGUCAGCAACCAGACAGAGCGUUGGUUAUGUACACCCCUUGGAAGCUUCGGAAAGAAAUUAUCAAAAGAAUCAAGAACGCAUGAACAUGAUACUGCUUAGGAAUACACAAGGCUUGCAUGCGCCGCUGCGUAUAGCAAUGGAAUUGAAAGCUGCUGAGAAGAUUGGAAGACUUCCGUUUUUGCCAUCAUCUAAUAUAAUGAAAAAUGUUUUACUUGGACACGAUCAAGAUAUAGGAUUUGAAGAUAUUUUCAAUACUCCCGAGUUCAGAGAACAAAUGGGACAGCCACAUGCCGUUAUAGAAAAUCAUCUUGGAAUAUUGUAAAGAGAUUAAGCUCAUAAAAAUUACAUUUUUUUUUUUAAUGAAAAAUGUAAAUUUAUAUAAAUUUAAUGAUAACUAUUAAUAUUGUGUAUAAUUUUUAUAAGUUAAAUGUAUUUUCUCUGAUAAUACUUCAGUAAUAGAAAAUUAGAUGUCAGAUGCAAAAAUUUAAUACAUAUAUUCAAUAAAAGUAAUCGAUAUGUUUACUAUAAGAGCAUUCACUUAAGAGAAAUAUAAUAGUAACAGAAUAUA